CGGCGGCGGCGGGCGGUGCUGAUUGGCCGCCGGGCGAGGGUCUGUGGCGGGAGGGGCGGUGCGGCCGGCAGUUAUGGCGGUGCUGGCGGUCCUGGCGGGGCUGCUGGCGGUGGCGCUCGGCGCCGCAGGUGAGCCGUGCCCCGAGCCCACCAUCGUGCCCUCGUACUACACCACCUCGGACGCCGUCAUCUCCUCCGAGAGCGUCUUCGUGGUGGAGAUCUCGCUGGCCUGCAAGAACGGCGCCCAGAACGUGGCUCUCUACGCCGAUGUCAACGGGAAGCAGUUCCCUGUCACCCGGGGGCAGGACGUGGGGCGCUACCAGGUCUCUUGGAGCCUGGAGCACCGCAGCGCCCAGUCGGGCACCUACGAGGUGAAGUUCUUCGACGAGGAGUCGUACAGCGCCCUGCGCAAGGCCCAGCGCAAUAACGAGGACGUCUCCCGUAUCCGGCCCCUCUUCACAGUCAACGUGGACCAUCGGGGCGCCUGGAACGGUCCCUGGGUGUCAACGGAGGUGGUGGCGGCCGCCAUCGGCCUCAUCGUCUACUACCUGGCCUUCAGCACCAAGAGCAGCAUCCAGGCGUAGGGCCCCCCCCC